AUGGCCAACAGGAAAAUAAUUGCAGUGUUUGGAGCAACAGGGGCUCAGGGCGGCUCUGUGGCCAGGGCCAUUCUGGAGAACAAUCAUUUUGCUCUGAGAGCACUGACCAGGGACGUGACUGGGAAGAAGGCCCAAGUGUUUCAGGACCUUGGUGCUGAGGUGGUCAGAUGUGACCUGGAUGACCCUGCAUCUGUGGAAGAGGCCUUAAAAGGGGUCUAUGGAGCCUUUGUGGUGACCAACUUCUGGGACCAUCACAGCAAAGAGAAGGAAGCCUGUCAGGGAAAGCUGGUGGCAGAUGUGGCCAAGCGCCUGGGCCUGAAACACGUGGUGUACAGCGGCUUGGAGAAUGUGGAUCGGUUGACUGGGGGGAAGCUGAAGGUGCUGCACUUUGACGGGAAGGGGGAAGUGGAGGAGUAUUUCUGGUCCAUUGGUGUCCCCAUGACCAGCGUCCGCCUGGCAGCUUACUUUGAAAACUUCCUCACUCUGUGGAAGCCAGUGAAAACCUCUGAGGGCCACUACACCCUAGCACUGCCCAUGGGGGAUGUACCAAUGGAUGGGAUCUCUGUCGCUGACGUUGGAGCAGUCGUCUCUAGCAUCUUUGCUUCUCCAGAGGAGUUUGUAGGCAAGGCUGUGGGUCUCAGUGCAGAGGCCCUGACAAUACAGCAGUAUGCUGACAUUUUGUCCAAGACUCUGGGGAAGGACAUCCGGGAUGCAAAGAUCACCCUAGAAGCUUUUGAGAAGAUGGGUUUCCCUGGAGUGGAGGAAAUGGCCAGCAUGUUUCGCUUCUACCACAUGAAGCCUGACCGUGACAUCAAGCUUACCCACCGUCUAAACCCCAAAAUCAGAAGCUUCAGCCAGUUUAUCUCAGAGAACCAGGGAGCCUUUAAAGACCUGUGAAGAGCGUCAGGCACUGAGGCUGCAUGACCUCCUCUUGUC